CGGCGGGGUGCUGCCAAGGCCCAAGGCCCGGCUUCUGGGACCCCAUCGGCCGGUACAAGUGGGAUGCCUGGCACAGCCUGGGGACGAUGUCCAAGGAGGAGGCGAUGGCAGCUUAUGUGGCCGAGAUGAAGAAAGUGGCCCAAAAGAUCAUUGACACUGUGCCCAUGGACGAGACGACGGAGGAGAUGUUUGGGUACUUUGAGCCGCUCUAUGAGGUGAUCCGUGACAUGCCCCGGCCCCCCGAGGCCUUCUUCAAGAAGAAAGGGGGCAGUCAGGAGCGGACGGCCGACCCCUGCCAGGACGACCCAGCCAGCAGCCCGGCGCUGGAGCACCCUGCAGCUGUCCUACGUGAGGAGCAGCGGAAUGGGCAGCACGUGCCAGGAGGUGGGCCGGCUCCUGCCACCCAGACGUGCGAGGGCAGCCAGGUGACCAGUGACUCCGAGGGGGACGUGUACUGUGAUAGCCUGGAGCAGAUGGAGCCCGAGCAGGCUGGGCAGCCGCUGGGUCUCUCCCCGACCGGCAUCCAGGCCGGGGCUGAGCCACCAACGCCCUGUGGCGCUGGGCAGGGAGAGCGGUGUGAAGGCAGAAGACGAGAGGGGAGGAGCAGCACUGGCCUCGCAGCCCUGGGCCCCCAGAGAGAUCUCCAGCUCGCCGGGGCAGGGCAGGACGCUGGGAGUGCCCCCGAGCUUGCCCAGGGGCUACCAGCCGAGCUGGAUGCCCGUGUGGCCAGCACUGUCCGAGCCCUGCAGGAUGACAUGCGGCGAGUGCUGGAGCGUCUGGGCGAGCUGGAGACGCUGGCCUCCGUGCAGGGGGAGGCAGCUGGGACCGACCCUGGCCAGCCCCUUGCUCUGCAGGUGAGUUGA